GGGAGAGAGGGGGGGAGAGACGAGACGGUGACAGAGCAAGAGCAAGACCAGCGGAUACGUGCGUGUCAGAGCAGAUUUCACAUCAGCGGUGGUCAGUUUUCCUGCGGGCGAGAACAGUGUGUGUGCGUACGCGCACGAGUGUCCGUGUGUGUGUGUGUGCACUGUGUGUCUGUGUAUGUGAGAGCUCCUCUCUGCCUGUAUCCUUCUCUAGCCUGCUUGUGCUGGUGCAUCUACGUGCGUGUAUGUGUGUGUCUUUGUGUGUGUGUGUGUGUGUGUGUGUGCCUAUGUGUCACACGCAAGUAAACUAGUCCUUUAGCUGCACCAGGAGAGCACAGCGCUCAUCACAACGGACACCGACUCAGCCCUCGGCAAAAGUGUCUGACGAGUGGAAAAAUAAUAAGAAGAAAUAAAUAGACAACAACAAGCAAGAAGACUGUUUGAAAAAAAAAACGGAAAAAAAAGAAAAGAAAACAAGAGAAAAACAAAACAGGACAGCUGACGACCGAGAGCUAGGAGGAAAAAAUGGCAGGGAGUUGGAAGGUAUGAGGGAGACAGAGAGAAGCAAGCGCAAGCCUCGCCUGACGAAGAGCAUUAGUGAUGCGUGGAUGCGUAGGUUAGUGGUCUGCAUGGAAACAGCAGGUCCCAGAGUUCCUGGGUCAGUCGUGUUUUGGGAGAGAGUGGGCUCCUGCUAAGCAUCUCCGAGGAGCGCUGGAGAGGAGAGGCACAGCUUCCACAACGCAGCCAUCACACACGGCACUCGUGAGCAGCCACUCUUCCAAGUUAGUCUGGACUCCAUAACUCUUGCUUAUUUUCUUAUUCUCCAUUCCGAAUUCGAGCUGUUCCUUUCAUCUCUUCUUUUUUCUGCACCUUGUUCUUUCUACCCACUUGUUCUCUCAUUCCACACUCUUAACAGAUACAUAUUUCCUCUUUUUUUGCAAAAGCCAGCCACUCUUUCUUUCUCUGCCUUCCUCCGUCUUUCUUGGUGUUACUGCUUAGGCAAGAGUUUGGACUGGCAGUAGGUCUGCUGGUGUUCUGGCAUGGGCAAUGUGGAAAUGGGAAGAAAGAGCAACAUGUAACUGGGAAAAUGACUGGAAGUGGACUUCAAUCAUGACAAUGUGUGCUUCUGAACAGACACUGAGACAUUUAGAAUAGCACCGAAAGUUUGUUUGACCACACACAUGUGCAUUUGAGGGGCCCUGUAUACUGCCGUGGUCUCAUCUGUUGGCCCUUUUAUUCAGCGAGCUUGUGGUGGAUUACUGGACCCUGGACCUUCGUCUGUUUCUCACGGAGCCCCAUGUGGGCCCCAGCCCUGGCGACCUGGCUGGGAGAUGAAGCCUACCCCUUCCCCCAUCCUCUUCCUCCUCACCACCCUGCCGCAGUAGGAGCUGCGUGGGCAUCCAUGGCUCUUGAGGCCCGUUGCCUGAGAGCCUCGUCCCCAUCCCUGCCGGCCUCGACUUCCUCCUCCGCCUCCCGGAGGGCACGGCAGCACUCCCGCAGGCUCGGAGGAAGAGCCCGAGGAGGCAGCGCGAGAGGAGCGGGCGGUGCCCUGUCCAAGCUAAGUACCGCCUUGCUGGCCAGGACUCGUCUGCACGGCCUGCGGCACGUGCUGUGGCCGCGGGGCGGCUCAGCGGUUCGGCGCGCCCUCUGGCUCCUGGCCCUGUGUACGUCGUUGGGCCUGCUGGUCUCCUGGUCAUCCAACCGCCUGCUCCACUGGCUGUCCUUCCCCACGUACACACGCGUCCACUCCGAGUGGGCUCGUGAGCUGCCCUUCCCCACCGUCACCGUGUGUAACAACAACCCUGUGCGCCUGCUCAAGCUCACCAAGAGCGACUUGUACUUCGCCGGACACUGGCUGGGCCUUCUGCUGGCCAACCGGACGGCGCGGCCCUUCGUGCUGGACCUACUGGCUGAGGACCGCCGCGCCUGGUUCAGCAAGCUGUCAGACUUUCGCCUUUUCCUGCCCCCGCGGCACUUUGAGGGAACCAACCUGGAGUUCAUGGACCGGCUGAGCCACCAGUUGGAGGACAUGUUGCUGUCCUGCAAGUACCGCGGCGAACCGUGUGGUGCCCACAACUUCACCACCGUGUUCACCCGCUAUGGGAAGUGCUACAUGUUUAAUGGCCCCGAGGAGGGCAAGAGUCUGCGCACCACCAUGAAGGGAGGCACGGGCAACGGCCUGGAGAUCAUGCUGGACAUCCAGCAGGACGAGUACCUGCCUGUGUGGGGCGAGACAGAAGAGACGGCGUUCGAGGCGGGCAUCCGGGUGCAGAUCCACAGCCAGGCCGAGCCUCCCUUCGUGCAUGAGCUGGGCUUCGGCGUGGCGCCCGGCUUCCAGACGUUCGUGGCCACCCAGGAGCAGAGGCUGACGUACCUGCCUCCUCCGUGGGGCGAGUGUGUGUCGCAGCCCCACGAUGCGGGCUUCUUUCAGGUGUACAGCGUGACGGCCUGCCGCAUCGAGUGUGAGACGCGCUACAUCGUGGAGAACUGCAACUGCAGGAUGGUGCACAUGCCCGGGGAUUCUCCGUACUGCACCCCCGAACAGUACAAGGACUGCGCUGAGCCUGCUCUAGCGGCCUUGUCAGCAGCAGAGAGCAGCAACUGCGUCUGCCGAACUCCCUGCAACAUGACCCGCUACAACAAGGAGCUCUCCAUGGUCAAAAUCCCCAGCAAGACCUCAGCCCGCUACCUGGAGAAGAAGUUCAACCGAUCGGAGAAGUACAUCACGGAUAAUAUCCUGGUGUUGGACGUGUUCUUUGAGGCUCUGAAUUACGAGACCAUCGAGCAGAAGAAAGCCUACGAGGUUGCAGGUUUACUGGGGGACAUUGGAGGUCAGAUGGGACUGUUUGUUGGUGCGAGCAUACUGACCAUCCUUGAACUGUUUGAUUAUGCUUAUGAGGUGGUGAAGGAGAGGCUGCUGGACCUACUCAGCCGCGAGGACGAGGAGGAGAGUCACGGAGAGGAUGUGGUAAGAGAGAAGCACGUGUGACCCCGUGGUGAACCACUCGGAGACCAUCAGCCACACGGUGAGCGUCCCCCUGCAGACCACACUGGGCACCCUGGAGGAGAUCGCCUGCUGAGCACACCCCUCCUCCACUACAGCAGGUGGCGCCAGUGCACACGCCCAGACAUUCCCUAUCAUCCUCCUGCUCGUCCUCCUUCUCCUUCUCCUCCUCCUCCUCCUCCUCCUCCUCCUCAGCGCUGAUAGGACUGAGUUUUCUGGGAGGGAGGGAGGGAGGGAAAGAGAGAGAGAGAGAGAGAAGAAAAGCUGUGGGAGAAGGGAGAAGUGUGGAAAGGUUGAAGAUGGUGCCCAGGCCUCCCUGCCUCUUUACAGACUCUUCAGUCAGCUGAAAUAUGGAGCUUUAUUGAGGUUGCAGAGGGUUUUUUUGAAACUAUGGAGUGGUUAAACUGUCCAGUUUCUCCGCACAUUCACACACCCACAAACACAUUUGGUGAAAUUCUCACAGAUCCUGUGAAGACGGUGACAAACAUACGGUACACGACAUAUACAAGACACAAGACCAUGAACUAAACAGACACACAGUGGAUGUCAAGUGGAACAGAAUCUGUACAGGACAUGAUCUCACACUUCUCAUCUCAAAGUCUACUGCCAUAACUGUUACGGAAAAAGAAAAGCAAAACAAUGAAAUUGUUGGUUAUUUGCAUGUGUCAGUUCUUUGGAUACAAUGCAGUUUUCUUGUUCUGAUUGCGCUGGGACUGACGUAAUGCUUAUAUAAGUAUGUGUGUGUGUGAGAGAGAGAGAUAGAGAGAGCAAGUGUGUCUCUUUGUAUGGGUGUCGGUGUGUGUGUGUGUGUGUGUCCAUCUGUGUGCCAUAUGCUGUGCAGUCUCCUUUUGUGAAGGCUCUAGUCCCCUAUCCCCACAGUCUUGCAAGGCCUCUCAUUCUGACACAAUUUUCAUGACAUAAAAGGUCCGAGGUCAGAAACGUUUGACGAUGGUCAUUUUGUAUAGAAAAGACACUGGAAGCCUGGCAACUGCAGUGACAGCCCAUUCAACUCUACACAGCAGAGGGCAGCCAUCUUGUCAUGUUGUGGCAAAUGGAUUUAUGAAGCUUUCAGUGUGACUAUGACAUGUGUGAUGGUAUUUAUUUACUGUUGAUUGACAGUGUCACUAUGCUUUGGGCUUCUUCAGAGAUCUUAUUUUCAUUGAGAAAUUUGUAACAAAAAAAAAUGAUUAUGAUGAAUGUCAAUGAUGUGCAGUCAUUUUAACGUACCAGUUGCCAUUGCACUUAACUGCUUCUGUACUUCAUGUGUGUGACAUUUACAAGCAAGAAAGUCCUUUUUUUUCUGUGAGUGGCAUUAAAAUAGUGCUCAUUCUGAGUUUGACUUGACUUGUUGAGAGUGCUGCCCUUAAACAGGAACUAUAACCAGUAGCUGUUAGCCUUCCUUGCACAGCAGCACAGGCCCCCUUCUGAGCUGCUAACCCUUACACAACGGAUUGGCGUGAGAGCGCUUGAAGCCAAUCAAAUGAAUGAAUCUUACGGUCAGUGUGUGAGAGUUGGCAGCUCUGCCCCUUCACUAGGACAUCUCUCCCAUGGCCUCCUCCUCUCAUAUCUCCAUGGCAACUUUGUAAGGCUUUUUGUUCUUUUUUAUGUUGUUAUUUUUUUAUUUUUUUUACAGUCAUAAAUGCAAGCAUUUUACAUUUUCUAGCAUUACUCCCGAGGUGGUUGCUCUGCUGUAUCCUCUCACGCAGAACCAGCAGCAACUGGAAGUGAUGUGUGGGAGUGUUCGUGUUAUGGCUUAUUUCCGUGUUCGUGUGGAACUCACAGUAGGGACUUGGGCUUGACAGAACCGAGGAUUCUUUACUCACUUUUCAGAAACUAUCAUUAUUAUCAUUCUUCUUGUUCUUCUUAUUAUUAGUAUUUCUUUUUUAGUUUCUAUAGAUUUUAGCCUAAAACAUACAGUAGGAUUUGGUCUGUUUAACUGGCAUCAAAGUGUAGUGCAGUGUUUUUUUUUGUCUUCUGUCAUCCAUGAAGUUGUGGAUGCUCUGGGACAUAAUCAUGGCCCACUUCACUUUGGCCAGCUGUCAAGGCAUUGUUAAUUUACCUCAGAUACUGCUGACAGUUUUGUUUCAGAACCUCAGAGAAAAGGCAUGGACAGAGAGAAAGAAAGCAUGCGCCUGCAUAGAUAGUUGGGUGAGGCCUUCCUGGGGAGUUUUCCCAUUAGGACAAGCCUUGCCCCAUCUCAGCUCAGUUGCUCAACAGAAAUCCUCACUCACAACAUGUUCAAGUGCAAUUUUGUUUACAUAAACACAAAUAUACUUGCAGAUGUUUCAUUUUAUGAGCAUGCGCCUAUAUCCCUCUGAGUUUCCGUGUAUGAUAGGCUAUGUGGAAUUGGAUUGGUGCCAAUGUGCUGCUAUGCUGUCUCUGUUGUUAGGUGCUCUCAUGUGAGUGUGAGCACUAUGCUGACAGGGGAUCUUGGGAAUUUAUUUUGGAUAUGCAUUAGUUACCACUGCACAUAUGAGAAGAGCUUAACACAUAUCAUUUGCCAUGGCAGCUAAGGUCAGAAAAAAUUGUCAAGACAAAAGUCUACUUGAAAAGUAUCUAUGGAAAGCCCAUAUUUUUUCAACUUUCAAGCUGUCCCAACAAAACCUGUGCAGAGGGCAAAUUUGCAUUUCAUGGAACAUCACAGUACUUAUUUAGCAUUGAGCCAUGCAGCCUUAACCGGAGAGCAUAAUGAGACUGAUACUAGCCCAUUUUAUAUGGUAGACAAACCUAUCUAUAGGUGUUUGUUCUGAUUUAAAUACAAUCUGAAAUAUGAGUGCAGAAAAGUAUAGUCUCUUUGCUCUAAUGGUCCCUGCAGCUUGUAGGCACCAUGCAGCUUGUAGCGUGUGCCGAAUAUGGGCACACAAUGUAACAUGCUCUUUCCUAAGCUGGUAAACAAAUGAGUUUCAUGACAAUCCAAUAUGAAAAUGGUGUUUUGUAUUAAUUACAUUCUCUUAUUUAUUCAGCCCUUUGGGAUGUACUCAGUGUGUGUGUGUGUGUGUUUGUGUGUUUGAUUGAUACAAAGAGGUGUUUUCUUGUUUACACCUCAAUGAGCAUGGAGUCAAUCUCCCCAUUACUGGGAGAGACCCCUGCAGUGCCAAUUAAAAGAUGUAAUAAAAAGGGAGUGUAGUGCAAUCAUCGUUUCCCAGUAUGGCAGAAAAUGGCACCGGGCUGUUUGGCACAUGCUACUUUGUUCAAUAGCAGUGCCAUGCUGAUUAGCAGUCACAAAACGAAUCGGGGCACGAGCAUUUCUACAGACUCCAGACUUUAUAUUCAAACAUAGUUUUAAGACAACAAGCUUAAUUGUUUAUUCAAUGGAGCUUGUGUGCAAGCCAGCACAGCACAUCAAUUGGUAGUAAGCUUAUAUGUUUUGCCAGAAGAUGGAAUAUGUGGUAGGGUGUCAUUGCUGUUUUUGCCUAAUUGGGAAUUGAAUGGUUAAGUUUUCCGCUAUCGUUGCACAAGGAAGACAUGCAAACAUGCUAUGAUGCAUACUGUACAUCUUUAUUUGUCAUUUAUUCAAACAUUUGUUUGCUUGUCUUUCUGACUGUGUUGGUAAAAUGUUUCUAUUGGUGCAAUGGCAUUCAAGAGCCCAUCAUGGGAAACAGUGCAAGUGAUGACUAACUGUCCUGUGGUUUGAUUUUACACCCUGAUCUCUUUCUCUGCUGUGUCUCUAUCCACCUGUUCUUCUCCUCCUUCUCUCUGCCUGUGGAUCUCCAUCCUUUUCUUCAGUCAUGUCCAGUGUUCUCUCUCUCUUCUCUUUCUAUGUGUCUUCCUGUCAGUCAGCUCUAUGUCAGUCCCUCUCUCCCCCUCCCUCUCUCCUUAUUUCUGUCUUUCUUUUUUUCUGUCUUUUUCUCCUCUUUCUCCUCCGGACUGUGCUGAGGCCAAGCUGUGUGUAAUAUCUCUGUGUGAAGCUUUCCCCCCUGAUGUCCUUCCUCUCCUGGAGAAAAGGGGCCAAACGUUUGGAGGGCUGAUGAGGCUGGGUGUAUGUGUGGAACCAGCACUAUUUACAGUGACUACAAAAAUUGCUUUUUCAUGACAUUAUGCAUCUGUGUUUUUAAUGUGAAUAAAUCAAAGUAUCUUUU